AUGGAAAAUAAGACCAAUGUGGAGGAAUUUAUUUUUAUUGGACUGUGGAAAAGUAAGCAAAUCGAGCUACUGUUCUUUUUUUUCUUCCUGCUCUGUUACCUAGCUGUAUUGAUGGGAAACCUCAUCAUCUUACUGACAAUCAUAUGCAGUCAUCUAAUCCAACAACCAAUGUAUUAUUUUCUCUGCCACCUUUCACUCAUGGAUCUCAGUUACACCUCCAGUGUGGUCCCCAGGCUAAUCAGGGAUUUAGCUGCCACAAAAAAAAACAUUUCUUAUGGUGGCUGUAUGACACAACUUUUCACUCUCCACUUGCUCGCAGGAGUUGAAGUCUUUAUCUUGGUGUCCAUGGCAUUUGACCGCUAUGCUGCCAUUGUCAAACCUCUGCACUACAUGAUCAUUAUGAACAGACAGAGAUGCAACAUGUUGGUCUUUAUGGCCUGGGUUUUAGGUUUUUGGCAUUCAGUAGCUCUACUGUUGACAUUAAUCAGUUUACCUUUCUGUGGUCCUAAUCACAUAGACCACUACCUAUGUGAUGUGAAACCUCUUUUGAAACUGGUGUGCAGAGAUAUUCGAGUUAUUAACAUCUUAAUGAUUGCAAAUUCGGGAAUAGUGUCCAUCGUUGUUUUUCUUGUUCUUGUGGCUUCUUACAUUGUCAUAUUAUAUCAUCUAAGGAACCACUCCUCUGCAGGGCGUCGCAAAGCUCUCUCUACCUGCAGUUCUCAUGUAAUGGUUGUAGUUCUCUUCUUCGUGCCUUGUAUCUAUGUGUACGUUCUACCUGCAGGAGAGGAGAAUAUGGAUAAAGAAAUAUCUGUGUUUUACACUGUCAUCUCCCCCAUGCUGAAUCCACUCAUCUACACCCUGAGGAAUAUGGAGAUGAAAAUUGCCAUUCAGAAGGUCUGGUCUACAAUAACUCAUUUCGAACUAAAGUAA